GCCGGCAGGGCCCCGCGGCGGCGCGCCCACAGAAACCUCCACUCCACGGCAGCAGCGGUUGAAUUCCACUCCACUCUCGGCCCCCGCGCGCCUCCACGCCAUUCCCGUGGGCGCCGCGGGCGUGCCGGUGCCGCCGAAUCCCGCGCAGACCGUCCCCGCUGUUCUCGCUGGCCGCUGGCGCCGUCUCGUCGCCGGCUAUUAAAAUAACCGCGAAACCGACGACGCGGCCGCGUCCGCCGAGCUCGGUGCUCCUCCCGCUCCCGUCCCCAUGGCGCCGCCGCCCGCCCUGCUCCUCCUCGCCGCCCUCGCGCUCGCGCUUGUGCUCUGCCCGAGCCCGGCCCUCUCCGACGCCCACGGCGGCGGCUUCUACGACCCGGCGCGCGUCACCCAGCUCUCCUGGCGGCCCAGGGCGUUCCUCUACAGCGGCUUCCUCUCCGACAGCGAGUGCGACCACCUCGUCAAUCUGGCGAAGGGGAACAUGGAGAAGUCGAUGGUGGCGGACAACAACUCCGGGAAGAGCGUCAUGAGCCAGGUGCGCACAAGCUCCGGCACCUUCUUGGCCAAGCACGAGGAUGAAACUGUAUCUGCAGUUGAGAAGCGUGUAGCUGCUUGGACAUUUCUUCCUGAAGAGAAUGCUGAAUCAAUUCAAGUUCUGCGCUAUGAAAUUGGUCAAAAGUAUGAUGCCCACUUUGAUUAUUUUCAUGACAAAAACAACCUGAAGCGUGGUGGUCAUCGAAUUGCCACUGUACUUAUGUACCUGACAGAUGUCAAGAAGGGUGGAGAGACUGUAUUUCCAAAUGCUGAGGGAGGCCAUUUACAGUACAAGGAUGAAACUUGGUCAGAUUGUGCGAGAUCUGGUCUGGCAGUGAAGCCGAAAAAAGGAGACGCACUACUGUUCUUCAGUCUUCAUGUCAAUGCAACAACUGAUACAAGUAGUCUUCAUGGGAGCUGUCCAGUAAUUGAGGGUGAGAAAUGGUCUGCCACGAAAUGGAUUCACGUCCGAUCAUUCGAUAAUCCUCCAGAUGUAAGAGCGGAUGCGCCAUGUUCCGAUGACAACGAGCUCUGCCCUAAAUGGGCUGCUAUUGGGGAGUGUUACAAGAACCCAACAUACAUGGUGGGCACCCAGGAUACUCUCGGAUUUUGUCGCAAAAGCUGUGGACUCUGUGAUGCUUGAACCGCCAACAAUCUGAACGUGCUGUGGGGUGUUGGAUCGGCCACUGUUGUUUGCAUCCCUACUCGGUUGUUCUGUUACUGACUUGUAAAUAACAAGUGAAGCAGGUCGGUUGAGUAGUAUAAGAGUUAUUACGUUUACUCCUUUGCAUGGUACCUGCAAAUUGAACUUACGAGUUACAACAUCUUGAUAUAGAAGCAACGAAAUUUUUGUCAGAA